CGACGGUACCAGAUCAGUUCGAAACGUAUAUAAGGAAAAGUGUCGUGUCGUUAAAUUUUGGUUUCGCUUUUUCACUGCGCUGUGGCGAAACCUCUGCCGCACAAUAUUGCCGCUGGGAUCUAUUCCUUGCGACCUACGUAGAACUUGCUUGUUCUCGUAUGGACAAUCUUUGUGGAGCGCUAGAAUAGUGAGAUUUCGCUUCACGGUGACACGCGUUUCCAAUCCAACCUCGGGACAACCUCCGCAGAUAUCAAAUUGUUACGAAGUGAAAAAAGUCAUUUUGUGUGAUCAAAUAUUUUCCAUUUUUCAUCUCCUGCUCUAUACGUCUCUUCCUCGUCCCAUGUUCGGGAAACCUGCUCCACUCGGAUCACGCGCUUCAUGAAUGAUUUGAAUCACCGGAAUUCAAAAUAAUUCUUUGGUUGAAAUUUAAAGGCGCUGACAUAUUUAGGGAUUCAUCUGAUUACUACGGUUCAAAGUAUCCGAGCUCGUCAGGAUCACAAGUGACGAGCCAUCAUCUUCAUAAUGGCACUCAGUCAAACAUCGGUGCUAAAACUUUACAACACCGUUAUCGAUGACGUCAUUGCUGGAGUACGCGAUGCCUUCCUGGACGAGGGCGUCGACGAACAGGUACUGCAAGAGAUGAAACAUGUGUGGACUAAUAAGCUGAUGGCAAGCAAGGCUGUAGAAACGGCACCGGAACCACAGGAUCAGCACCAACCGUCAAUUUUAGCCAACAGCACGAAGUCGGUGUCACAUUCUAAGGCCAACGGUACGAAGAAGUCCAAAGCGGCGGCUGCGGCGGCCGCUGCUGCAGCCAACCAGGAGAAUCAGAACGGUGCCACGAAGGCAAUAUCAAACAGCGCUUCAACAGCUUCGAACGUGCAGCAAAUUAAACCAGAACCCGCGAACAGCCAUGCCGAAACACAAAACAACCAGCAAAUGUUACAGACACAACCACCACCGCUAGCUCAAGCCCAGCAUCCAAUACAACAGCCCGUCGUACCGCAACAGCCUCCUGCUCAACCGGCAGCUGUCGUAGCGUCACUUGAUCCCAACAAGAUGGUGGCCAUUCAGAUCACAUUACCCGCACAACCGAAUGUACCAAACUCGCAACCCCGAGUGCUCACAAUCCAAGUGCCAGCGUCGGCCCUGCAGGAGAAUCAAUUGCAGCAAGUGCUAACGGGACCGAUCAUUACCUCAAUUAUGCCAUUACCGCCACAGAUUGCCUCGUCCGUUCUACAGCAACAUGUCAAUUCAUAUCUCCAGAAUAACACAAUAAAUGCAAUACAAAUCCACAAGCAACUGGAUGGUGCCUACGACAUGUUGGACGUUGAUGUUGAUACCAACUGGGAAGAUGACAAGGAAGUGCCAACACUUACGUUAACCGAUGUAUUGGAUCAGCAAUUUUUGAAUACAAUGACGCACAGCACAACGUCUGUCUUUCCUUCUGCUUCUUCUAGUAGUACAUGUUGUAAGAGAAAAUCAAGAAAUCGCAAACUUGCGUUCAUCGAAAUCAAAUGUCAGUUAGACGGUGCCGUUGAUACUUCAGACGAGGAAGCUAGUGAUAUCAGUGACGAUAACAUUGGAGACGACGAUGACGAUGAUCUCGACAAGGAAGAUGACGAGGAUCUGGAUGGUGAUGGCGGUGCGGAAGAAGAACCACUGAACAGCGAGGACGACGUUACUGAUGAAGAUGCGUCGGAUUUGUUCGACACAGACAACGUAGUUGUCUGUCAGUACGAUAAAAUUACCCGAUCGAGGAACAAGUGGAAGUUCUAUCUCAAAGACGGCAUUAUGAACAUUACCGGUAAGGAUUACGUGUUUCAAAAAUCUAACGGCGAUGCGGAGUGGUAAAUUGGGUAGGAAGGAAAGUACAAAAAUGUAAGCUCAACACUGGACUAGAGUUUGAUUUCCUUGUGUGAUUGAACAGUGAUAUGAUCGUCAAAAAUGACUUGAGUUGCAAAAUGCGUUCUUUCUCCGAUUGCCCUAUUUUAUCAUUCGACUAUUUUUCUAAGCUGUCUAUGAACACAAUCAGGAUGCUGUGACAGUGUUGUCGUUUGCUACAAACAUUAUCCACAUUCACAAAUAAAACAAAAUAGCCUUACAUCAA